AUGUUCAAGCGCUUCCGCAAGUUUGUUAAGCGGGUCUUCAAUCGUCUUGAGGAGCGUCCCGCUACUCCUUUCAUCUCGACUCCCAACGGUCAGCCCGAGAACAACGCGGAGAAGCCCGAUUCCCCCGCUCUGUUUCAAGAUGUAAUUGACCUUAUCAACUCCGCUGGACCUGCCGACGCCCGCACCUCGACCUCGACUGCAAGCACGUAUGCCCCGACCCUUCCCGUUACGUCUGCGAAGUACCCUUGGCAUGAUGACUGUUUCUACAUUCUGGUCAUUGAGGCGGUCAAGACCACUCGAGUCCUUGGGACGCCUGUGAAGCGCACGAUUCACGAUUAUCGCAUCCUGACCCCCAACUUUGAGUGCCCGAACGACACGACGGACCCUCUGCACUGGUCUCACGGACCUGAUGACCCACUCUGCAGGUCCACCAACGAUGCAAGUGUUUGGUGCUGCUCUCGCGAACACAUGUACCACCUCGUGGACCGCUGCAAGCGGAACCUCCCCAACCCACCUCGUUGCCCCCACGGCUGUACUUUCGCUAAGAUUAUCAACAAGGAGAAUGCGUUCCUUCAGGAUCGCGCCCGACCCUCAACUCGCGGCCCGAUACACACGCCCGUGCCUUGGAAUGACGCUGGCAACAUCUUCAUUACUGCCCCUUCUGCCUCUGCUCGUAGCCCUGCCGCCGAUCGCAACAUCGUCUUCCCCGUUCCCGAGCCCCUUGUGGACGGUCGCUACGUCUCCUUACCGGUCGCCGGUUCGCACCUGCUGUACGAGUCCGACAUGCAGCCCUCGACUGCUUAUCCCGCGUGUGCUGCCAAAUUGCGCCCCUGCAACACGACUGCUUCCGCUUCCCACGAUGCACUGCCUACGCCGCCCGAGUCUAACACCGGUACUCCCACCCUCAUCGACAGCUCGGACAGCCUCCCACGUGUUUUCAAGUCGACGGACAUUCCGGCACUCGCUCUCAACGGCGAUGACAUGCCUCAGAGCUCGAAGGACAAGGGAUUCGCAGCCCCAACCUACAACGCGAUGUGA